AUGGCGCGUACUGCGCCUUCGACAUCAUCUUCACGAUCAAUCCGUCGGGGCUUUGCCGGGGCUGCGCUCAGCAUCACGAGGAUGGCGCUCUCGCGUUCGUGCGAACACGAGGCGGAGCAGGCGAAGAUGGCGUGCGCCGGGGAGAUCCUGACUAUCGCGUCGUUCGCCUUCACCUCCUCCUAUGCGGCUAGCGCGGUGUCGGACUGCGGCAACUCGCUGAACAUGAAGGCGCAGUGCGCCCG